AUGGACGAAGGAAGUCCCAAGGGAAUCUUGUGUGGCUAUUCCAAUAUUCCCUAGUAAGUUUCGACAAAAUCCAAUGCUCUUCACCCUCUAUAUAUAAUAUAAUCCAACACCUUUCCCUAGUAUUAAAUUGUCUCUCUUUCUAGUCAUUUAAAGAAAUUGUUGUUUGGUUGAAGGGAUCAUGAAGUUUGGAAGGAUCUUAAUGAUUUUGAUGACCCUUAUAGAACAGACUCUACCUGAUUGGAAGGGCAAAUUCUUGUCUUAUAAGGAUCUCAAGAAACAAUUGAAGAUGAUUGAUCAUCCUAAUAAACGCCAAAAAUUAAAUGAUGAUGAUGGAAAAGAGGUGAAUGAUUUUGUGAAGCUUUUGGAGGAGGAAAUCGACAAGUUCAACACUUUCUUUAUUGAAAAAGAAGAGGUUUAUAUCAUUCAAUUGAAGAUACUCAGAGAUAGCUUUGUCGAGAUUAGAAGUUCUGAAGAGUUGAUGAGAGUAGGCAGAGACCUAGUGGAUCUUCAUGGACAGAUGGUUCUAUUAGAGAAUUACAGUGCUCUUAACUAUACAGGACUAGUGAAGAUACUAAAGAAGUAUGAUAAACAUACUGGUGCUCUUAUUCGCUUGCCUGUCAUCCAAAAGGUGCUAGAGGAGCCAUUUUUCAAAACUGAUGUUCUGAAUAAGCUAGUGAAGGAGUGUGAAGCCAUGCUUAGUAUCCUUUUCUCCCGAAACGAGCCAUCUGAAGCACCAGGAGGUGAAGGAAGUAGUGGAGGAGGUAGUAGCAAAGUCGAAGAUGCGGAAGAACUUGUAGAGAUUAAAAACUGGUCUAAAGCACCAGGAGGGGAAGGAAGUAUUAGAGGCGGAAGUAGUGGAGGAGGAAUCGGUGUAGCUGAAGAUCCAGAAGACCUUGCAGAGAUUGAAAAGCCUUGUAAAACACCAGGAGGGGAAGGAAGUAGUGGAGUCAAAGAUCCAGAAGAAUUUGCCGAGAUUGAUAACAUGGGAAACAUGUACUUGAAACUUGCAAAAUCAGCACUGAGUGUCUUGCAGGAAAUCAGAAGUGGAAGUUCAACUGUUAGCAUGUUCUCUUUGCCUCCAAUGGAAAGGAAUGAGGAAUGAACUGCAUGAGGUCUUGCAGCAAAAUAGUGUUUUCUGUCAUCUGUGACAUGCUCUACAUAUUGGCGUGUUAUACCUUUUUUGGAAUUCAGGUGUUAUUUAUGUGUAAGUAAUAAGUUCAGGUGCUGUGACUACGUCCUCAGGCCGUAAAUAGGGUUUCGAUUUCCAGAGUAUAUUAUAGUAUCUAGUAGAGAUGUUCCUUAUCAAGUGUUUGUGGCUCUAGGAUUUUCUCAAGUUGGCUAAUGCUCCUAUAGUCUCAAGGUUGUUUAUGGAAAGGUUACUUCGUUCAUAAUGUAUUUUAUUAUGUCUUGUUGAUAUGUGUACUUUUUGAUGUGGAGGUAGAAUGUGAUAGCAAGACAUUGUAACUGGGAUAUCGUAACCUUACGAUGAGCGUGCCCAACAAUGUAGCUUAGCAUGAGCAGGGCCGGAAAGGCUUGUCCGCCCUUAUUUGUUUGUUCAACUAAAAUGUUGCGCUGCUUUAAAUUGAUACAUAUUUUAUAGAUAUUAUUUAUUUAUUAUUAUGGA